GUGGGUUUCUAUAGUUGUGUACUAUGAUUGGCCAGUUGAAUGUCCAGAGUAACAUAGAUUCUCACGUGCCACCCACUUUUCACACAUUAACACACACACUGUGUGUGUCUUUUGUCCCUCCCACCACCCCCAUAAUGCUGGCUUGACCAUUUCUCUCCCAAAACCCAAUCAAUAUUCCUUCUAUUCGUCCUCUCUAUUCUCUGUACCUUCUCUUUUUUGUUUUUGUUUUUGUUUGAUCGAUUGAUUCUUAUUCUUGAUGUUGAUCAUAAUCCUAUGAUGAUUCAUGUGGAUUGAAAUUGAUGAGUUAAAGCUGAGAUUUUUUUUGAUCCUCAAAUAUUGCCCCAAAGGAUUGGAAUUUGAUGACUUAAAGCUGAGAUUUUUUUGCUCCUUAUUGCCCCAAAGGAUUGGAAACUGAUGAGUUAAAGCUGAGGAUUUUUUGCUCCUCAAAUAUUGCACCAAAGGAUUGGAAAUUGAUGAUAGGCUGAAAGAGCGUAGUUUUGACCUAAAUUCCUUACAUUUAAGGUUCCUCUCCUUCGCGGGAUAGGGCACAUUCCGCCAUAACCACACUUUAAACCUCGAUCCAGUUCUCAAACUAUAUGAAAGCUGAGAUUUUUUGCUCCUCAAAUACUUCCCCAAAGGUCAAAACUUUUACUUGGUAUCCUCCUCCAUCUUUUGAGAAACAAGAUUCUUGAUUUGGGUUUUUGGCUGACUUGUGGUUGGUCAAGAAAAUCUGUGUGUGGUUUUAUUACCAUUUGCUAAUUGACUAAAAAGGGUCUCUGGUUAUUCCAUUUUUCGGUUGAUUUUCCCUCAAGAUUAUCUGGGCUUUGAUUAGCUUAUGAAAAUCUUUCCCUUAAGAGAUUACUGAGAAUAACCAGAUGUUGGGAUUUAGAUUCCUUGAAAAGUGUCCCUUGGAUAAUAUGGUAAUGCAGUUUGGAGAUAUAUGCUGCAUAAUUGUGAUGCUUGGAUUGUAGCAUUUGUUUUCUUGGGACCCUUUUCAAAUUGUCGUUUUAUUUGAGGGUAUGAUGGAGUACCUUCCUGUUGAGGUCAUUGGGAACAUUUUGUCCCGGCUCGGAGCUGCGCGGGAUGUUGUAAUUGCAUCAUCUACUUGUCGGAAGUGGCGAGAGGCUUGGCGGAAUCAUCUUCAUACACUCACAUUUAACUCGAAUGACUGGCCGGUUUAUCACGAGCUCACAAGGAGCAGACUUGAGAUCAUUAUAACUCAGACGAUUUUCCAGACUAAUGGACUGCAGUGCAUUUCAAUCAUAAUGGAUGAUGUUGAUGAGUUCUCUGCUGCUCCGGUGAUAGCUUGGCUAAUGUAUACUAGAGAAACGUUGCGCCAGUUACAUUACAAUGUUAGGACUACGCCCAACAUUAAUAUACUCGAAAAAUGUGGUCGCCAGCGGCUGGAAGUGUUGGCUCUGGCACACAAUACAAUCACGGGUGUUGAACCUAGUUACCAAAAAUUCCCUUGCUUGAGGUCUCUUUCACUAAGUUAUGUCAGUAUAUCGGCUUUAGACCUGAGUCUUUUCCUUACAGCCUGCACGAAAGUUGAGGUUUUGAAUCUUGUCAGUCUAGACAUUGUUAUGUCUGAUCCACAGGCAACGAUGGAGCUGAGUAGUAACUCUUUGAAAGAUAUCUAUGUUGAAGCCAUUAGUUUGGAUAAAAUCACACUUGAGGCAGAUAGUCUUGAGAAACUGCAUUUGAAAGAUUGUACGCUCGAGGUCUUUGAGCUUGUUAGCAAGGGGAAAUUACAACUCCUUAAGAUUGACGACGUUAGUGUCAUCCAUCUUGAUAUUGGUGAGAGCACUGAAAAUCUUGAAAUUGUGGACGUAAGCAAUUUCACGAUCAUGUGGUCCAAGUUCCAUCAUAUGAUAGCGAAAUCAUCAAAGCUGAGAAGACUGAGGCUAUGGGGAGUUGUAUUUGACGAUGAUGACGAGGUUGUCGAUAUUGAGACAAUAUCUGCUUGCUUUCCUCAAUUAAGUCAUUUAUCGUUGAGCUAUGAAUUAAGAGAGACAGCACUUCAGUAUGGAUUGCAAGAUUCUUUUCGAUUGGAAAAUGUGGUCGUCUUGGAGCUAGGCUGGACAGUGAUUAGCGACCUGUUCUCGCAUUGGGUAGCAGGACUACUUGAAAGGUGCCCUAACUUGAGGAAUUUGGUAAUCUAUGGGGUCGUUUCAGAAACCAAAACGCAUGAAGAAUGUCAUACAUUAGCCAGCUUCACAUCUUUCAUUGUAAGGCUUAUGAGGAAAUAUGCGCAUGUAGAUGUUCAGUUUGAAUAUGAAUAGACUUGAACAAUUGUUCCCUACGGUGGAGUUCAAACUUUUGCCUAAUCUCGGCAACGCAAGGAGGUACAUGAUCCUUAGUGGUGAUUGUCUUUUUCCUAUAUUGGUACAACCCUGUAAUUUAUGAUAAAUUUUGGACUCGUCUUAUUCUUUCAAUUCAGGUAAAAGUAGUAUUUGCAUUUCUUGUUAUCCUCUUAUUACUAGUUUGUGCGAAUGCACACUAUUUCUGUUAUUACGAAUUUUCAUCAAUUCUGCUUUUCUGUUUUGUUCUUUUUGUUGGGAAGCUUCCUUACAGUCCAUGUUGUAGUUCAUUGGUAUAGAUGCAUGAUGUAGACUUGUUAAACUGACUGAAGAAAUGAGAAAUAGAAGAAAUAUUGGUUAAUUAUUUGACAAUGGAAAAAACCAUAGUGCUAACGUUAAUAUUCACCUACUAUGAAUAAUAGCACUGCUCAAGGUAAAAGAGCAGUGCUUAUGCCUCUGUGGUAUUGGUAAGAAAAGCUGUUAGAAUUUCAUCUUUCAUAAGAUCCUCUUCCUAAAAGAAUGGUUGAGGUUCAGUUAAGGCGAUAUCUUUGAUAAUCAUUCCUUAGGAAUUUCUAUCCCCAGCUCUUGAACUCCAAGAGCCAGAGAACUACUUAUGAACGUUUAGAUUGAAAAAUCUGGUACAAGUGAUCGUAUUCUGUAGGUUGGCUGUUUUUGUGCAACUUGAGACCUAGAUAUUAGAAAGCUACGGAAGAAUGGAUUCUCUCUCUACAGCUGCUCUGCGAGUUCCAGCUUUCAUCGUGCCCCUUAUUGUUGGUAUUGUUCUCUCUCUCUCUCUGUUUUUUUUACAAUGAAUCUCUUGGUAGUGUCUUAACCAACAAAUUUUACUGUGAAGGCAUGCCUAGAAAUCGGUACUUUGGUGGGAGACGGAUAUGUGUAGAUAUGCAUUUUUGAAGAAAAGGCAUAGCUGUUGAUUCAUAACUUUUUUCUGAAAUCUGUUGCAUGAUUAAGGAUUACCCUUUACGUUUGAAGACCUAAUUCAAGGUCUAUCGGAAACAACCUCUCUACCUGUGCAAGGUAGGGGUAAGGUCUGCGUACAUACUACCCUCCCCGGUCCUACUUGUGAGAAUACAAUGGGUAUGUUGUUGUUGUAUACAUCAUGUUUCCUUAACAAUUGAUGUAUCAUUUUGUCGGCUAUAUUUAUUGGUUGGUCCGUCGUAAUAUCAAUCAGAAUUCUAGCACGCCGCGUUUUACUGGGAAGGAUCGAACCAUGGGAACCAAUCUACAUGGCUAUCACCUUUUACCUAUGGCAUGAUGCUCAUGGAGUCAUGGGCAACUUAUCUCUAAUUGGAUUUCCUUUUCCAACUUUCAACUUCAUGUGUAUUUGAGUGUUGUUUCAAAAAGAGAAGCUCUGGCUGGAGAGGAUGAAUUAUAAGAAGAUGAAUCAUCAAUUUUUCUGUGUAAAUUUUCUUACCAAAUUCUCUGUUGCUUACAUGUCUGUCGUUAGAGUUUUGAGCAAAUGAUUGAAGUCAUACAAGUCUUUGCUUGGAUCGCAGUGUAUUGCCUGCAUCACUAUUCGUUUUCUCCCUAUAUAUCCUGUUUUAUCAUCUUCGGUUAUUAGUAAUUUAUGUGGCACUUGGUCUUCUUCAGUUUCUAUCCCAAUUGGAGAAAUCUUGUCUUUGUUACUGUACUGAAUACCUAAUUACUCCACUUUACGGCACUUUUUGCUUGAGUAAAUUACAACAACAGCAACAUGCCCAUUUUAUUCCCACAGGUGAGGUCUGGGGAGGGUAGUGUGUACGCUGACCUUACCCCUACCUUAUGCAGGUAGAGAGGCUAUUUUCAGAGACCCUCGGUUCAGGCAAUCACAGUUAGAACAGUAAAGCAAAUUGAAAUAUAGCAAUAGUAAAGAGUCAUAGGAGAAGAGAUAGUAGCACAACGAGCUAGUAACUAAACCGAUUCUGCUUGAGGAAAUUGAAAUGCUGAAAGUUAGAAUUUUUGAGGGCAAGACUUGAAUGAAAGGGAGAUAGGAUGAAGUACAAUUCUUGUAAUAAUGUGGUUGAUUUUCAUCACUACAGUUAGCUUUUGCUGCUCCGUCAUAGUACGAGUUUCCAGUGGUUUCUGCUCUCUGAAUUGUUCUAGAGCAAGAUCGACCUAUCAAAAAAGAAAAAAUUGUUCUGGAGCAAGAUCUUUUCCCUAUCCCAACAGCAUAAUAUGAAGCCUUUUCUUUCCCAGUGAUCUGAUGAACCGAAGGUCUCUCGGACCUAUUGUUAAGAAUAACGAGAUACUAUUUUCAUUAGUAGCGUUUAACCAACGCUGCAACCAGAUGCUUCGACCUGCAAAUGCUAGCUCAUAUCACUUUAUCAGGAUGUAAAAACUGCUAGUCGGCAUGAGAUGUCGAUUUUUGAAUUUUGAUUAAUAGUCUUCCUUACUCCUAAUGAUGUGUGAAUGUCACAUUUUCUGUACAAUGUGUGGUGUAUAAACAAUGUGCAAUGCAGGAACAAGAUCACUAGAAUGUAGACUUUAUCUUUUACUCUUAACAAAAAAGCAAAAAUGGGUUUGUUUUUAAUUCAGGUGGCAAUUUGUAUGCCUGCCUUUUGGAUAUUGUAUCUUGUUUUUGCAUUCUUGCAACUUUCCUCCUUUUGCUCGGAAACAAUUUCUCUACCUUCACAAGGUAGGGGUAAGGUCUGCGUACUCACUAUUCUCCCUAGACUCCACUUGUGGGAUUACACUGAUUUUGUUAUUGUUCUUGUUGUUAUUGUUGCAACUCUCCUCCCUUUUCACGCGGAGGAUACUCUAUGUGAGUAAAGUUUUCUGGUAAAAAAAACAUAGGGUUAUCAGUACUUUCUUUAUUAUGUAUCUUUUUAUGUCUUUUCCCUACAGGAAAUUGACCAACAGGGAAAGGCAUAUGAUCCAUCUGCAAAAUUUAGAGGAUGUCACCCCUUCUUUUCUUUGUGAACUUUUGUGGUUUCUCCCUAUCUGCCUAAGCUUUGGUGGAUAAAGUUAUUCGUAUUUUUGCGGGUGGAGAUACAAAUACUCUAUUGAAUUGUCAAGGUGCUUACAAGUUGCCAGGGGCUUACACACCUUGGCCGAAGUGGUGUCACGUGAUACUGCUUUGUCGAAUUGUCAAAUACUCUUUGCUGGUGGAGAGAUACAAAUACUCUAUUGAAUUGUCGAGGUGCUCACAAGCUGGCAGGGGCGUAUACACCUUGACCGAAGCAGCAUUACGUGACACUGCUUCGUCGAAUUGUCAAAUACUCUUUGCUGGUGGAGAUACAGAUACUCUAUUGAAUUGUCAAGGUGCUCACAAGUUGGCAGGGGCUUACACACCUUGGUCGAAGCGGUGUCAUGUGAUACUGCUUCGUCGAAUUGUCAAAUACUCUUUGCUGGUGGAGAUACAAAUACUCUAUUGAAUUGUCAAGGUGCUUACAAGCUGCCAAGGGCUUACACACCUUGGUCGAAGCGGUGUCACGUGAUACUGCUUCGUCGAAUUGUCAAAUACUCUUUGCUGGUGGAGAUACAAAUACUCUAUUGAAUUGUCAAGGUGCUUACAAGCUGCCAAGGGCUUACACACCUUGGUCGAAGCGGUGUCACGUGAUACUGCUUCGUCGAAUUGUCAAAUACUCUUUGCUGGUGGAGAUACAAAUACUCUAUUGAAUUGUCAAGGUGCUUGCAAGUUGCCAGGGGCUUACACACCUAGGCUGAAGCAGUGUCAAGUGCUAAUGCUUCGUCAAAUUGUCAAAUACUCUUUGUUGGUGGAGAUACAAAUACUCUAUUGAAUUGUCAAGGUGCUUGCAAGCUGCCAGGGGCUUACACACCUUGGCCGAAGUAGUGUCAAGUGCUAAUGCUUCGUCGAGUUGUCAAAUACUCUCUACUAGUGUAGAUGCAAAUACUCUAUUGAAUUGCCGAGGUGCUCAUAAGUUGGCAGGGGCUUACACACCUUGGCCGAAGCAAUGUCACGUGACACUGCUUUGUCGAUUUGCUUUUUUUUUUUUUUUUAUUAAAUAUGUAUGUAUAGAUUAGGUAUCAUUAUAGUGAUUUAUUUUUUUGUUCACCUUUUCAAAUGUUAACACUACUUGCAGAAAUUCCUGCGUACGCUCCCGACAGUAUUGUUAUAAGAAAACAUUGGUGGCUUC